UGUUGAAUUUGACAAGUCAUUUUGCUUGCGCGGAUCGUCCUCCAAAAUCGGGAAAAGUUUUGUUGAAAAAAUUACGUUCGUUCGUUUAUUCCGGUUUUCGUAAAAGCGUCCGUACCGGCGAACCCUCCACAAUGCCGUUCGUGUAUCUCGGAGUGCACCUUCCGUUCAAAUCGUACAGAAAGAUAAAGGUCGACAACUUUGACCUGAGCAACAAAACAGAACAACUCCGGGAGGAGGCACGAAAAGCCAUCAGCGAGCUUCCUGCGGAGGAAUUUGAUUUUAUUUACUGCGGAGAUUUGCUGCAAAAUGAUGACGUCCUUCAAGAGAAAGGAGUCGAAAAUGGAUCCGUAGUUCAUCUGAUCCAGAAAAAGAAAGAUCUUCCGUCGUUGCCGCAGGUUGACAACUUUACCGAAGCGGACGUGCAGCAAGUUUUGGGAAUCUGGCGAACCGUUGAUCCGUCCAACUUCCAGAAGGUCCGCCAUCCCGAGUUCAUGAAGAACGUUCUGGACGCGAAUCCGGCCAUCCGACAGGACCUGUGGGCUCUCUCCAUUCUGAAGGAUCCGAUUCUACUGUCUUCCAUGCAGCAACCGGAGACCAUCCGUCGAGUGGCCGAAAAGCACUACAUACUGAUCAAGGCGUCCCGGUCAAUUGUGCAGUUGCUCAACUCGAAAAUGAUCUCUAAAUCGACCACUUUUUCGCCCACAAUCGAAAGUGCCCUCGAAGACGCCCUGUCGGAUUCGUCGUCCAGCGAGGACAACACAUCGCCAACCACAUCGACCGGGGUUCGUUCGGCACGGCGGAUUACCGCCGACCAACUUGCAUCGGCCCUGGCCUUUGCCGGAUCAUCUUACAACUCGCUAAACAGCAUUUCCCAGCGAGAUGCAGACAAUCGACAGACCACAGACCCGACCAGCCAACCCUCUACUUCCGGCAGCGCCCCGGCAUCGAAUCGCAUCACCUCUUCGAUGUUUAUGAACGCCCUCUCGGAAGUGAUUCAGUCCCAGCGGCAGCGCGAACCAAACUCCAACGAGCCGGAACCGAUGGACACGUCCCCGGCGACGGCUGCUACAGCACAACCCCCGGCAGCCGCUCCCGGUGACAUGGGCGCGCAAACGUUGUCCCAACACUCGACGCUGGAGGCAAGCCUCAGUCAGUAUCGCGCCGAGCUGGAACAGAUGAGGGAAAUGGGACUUACUGACACCGAGACGAAUCUGCAGGCGCUGAUCGUUUGCAACGGAAACGUCGAAACUGCCGUUAAUCUUGUGUUCAGCGGAAUGAACAACUAGGACGAGGAAGAGCGUUUUGUGCAGGACUUAUAUAAUAUUCACUAUCGUCAGUAACCUUUGUUAACCUUGAUUCAAUAAAAAACUACUUACAAAUCAAA